AUGUUAAAAUUAACUUUAUCAAACAUGCAAGACGAUAAAAAUGCAAUAUUUCAAAUGCGUUUUCCUCAGAAACUGUGGUAUUUAUUAAAUUUACGAACAGAUGCUAUUCUGUGGGGUGGAACGGGUAGAACUAUAUUGCUAAACUAUCGCAUCCUUCAUAACUAUUUACAAUGCGACCACUCAAUAUUUAAAACCACUAAUAUUUCAAGCUUUGUUAGGCAGCUCAACCUGUACGGGUUUCGAAAGGUUACAUCACAUUUGCAGGAUCCUUUAUGUAAUUCUAGUAACCCAUAUAUGCAUGAAUAUGUUCAUGACUACUUUCAGUAUGGUAAACCCGAGUUACUUAACAAAAUAACAAGGAAAGCUCUUGCUAUGAAAAGAAAUUUUAAACCUAAGAAUCUCUAUAGCAAUGUUGAACAAUUGCUUUACUUGACACCACUGCAAAAGGCUCGCCGUGCUCUACGCAUGGCUUUGAAGAAAGCAGCACAGGAUUUAUUUGUACAAAAUUCACCAAAGCACUUUUGUAAUCUUAAGUUUGAAUGUGAAGAUUCACAAGAUGAUUACUGUGAAGAUGAAGAGAAUAUUGAAUUUGACUGGUUGAUACCCAAUGAUAAUGCAAACACAGAAAAAGUGUUGCCAGACCCAGCUAAUGUCCCAGCUCCUCAAAAUGAGCCCACAAUUGCUGAAGACACUAGCACAUACAGAGAAACAUCUCAAGAUAGCUUGAUGAAUUUUUCUGAUGAAGCAUGUCAACAGAACAAUGAUAAUUUCCCAGCUCAGUUUCUUAGCAUGCCUGAACUUGAUCCGGAACCUUCUGGAGACAACUCUGGUGUUGAAUUACUAGCAGAGUUUAACAUUGACAAUGACACAGAUCAAGGCAUAGCAAGAAAGAUAGAUGGUAAAGAAAUUGAUCACAAUUCUCUGAAUUGUGUUCUACCCUCAAUAAGCAAUGAUCACAUUGAUGAUGUCUACAAGGCUGAGUUAUCAAAUGUUUUUCAGAAAAAUAAUGAAAACUCUGAUCACUACCAUGGAGAAUGGGACCAAAUGUUCAAUGAUAUCAUGAUAAAUAGAGGACCCAACCAAGAGUGCGGAUCUGAUUUGAAAGAAUUAUAUUCUCAGAUCUCGAAAACCAUAGAUCUACUUAAUUCUUAA